UUAUAAGCCCGCAGUGCCCGGAUGUGAAUGGAUUACAAUGUAUCUUUCAGGGAAACCUAUUAUUAUCAAUGUGACUCCACGGGGGAGUCAAUGGUGAUGAUGAUGAGGAGGAGGAGGAUGAUGAUGGGACACCUCUAAACUUGGAACAAGUUUAAGACUUUAUAAGAGGAGAAGAAAAAAAAAAAACAAGAUUUGUUUGAGGAAAAAUUAUAACUAUUCUGUGUUGAUUUUUUUUUUUUAUAUACAGUAAGAAAAAGUUGUUGGAUUUUUUUUUUAAUGGUUUCUUUUUUGGGGGAGGGAAUUUUGUUGCAGUUCUAUGGUGGAAAAUGCAAAAACCAGAGCCAGGUGCAUAAUCUUGUACUCUGUGGAUAUCCCUGCAGCAGGACUGAGUACCAGUUAAAAUACUUUUUUGGGGGAUACACAUAUGAGAUACUAAGUACUUGCAGAAGAUUUUUCUGUCUUUUUUAAAAAGUCUCUUUCCUUGGAAUAUUGUGAGCAUAUUUGUGGCCAUUUAAGGUUUGUGUGAUUUUGCUAAAAUGCAUCACCAACAGCGAAUGGCUGCCUUAGGGACGGACAAAGAGCUGAGUGAUUUACUGGAUUUCAGUGCGAUGUUUUCACCUCCUGUGAGCAGUGGGAAAAAUGGACCAACUUCUUUGGCGAGUGGACAUUUUACUGGCUCAAACGUAGAAGACAGAAGUAGCUCAGGGUCCUGGGGGAAUGGAGGACAUCCAAGCCCGUCCAGGAACUAUGGAGAUGGGACUCCCUAUGACCACAUGACCAGCAGGGACCUUGGGUCACAUGACAAUCUCUCUCCACCUUUUGUCAAUUCCAGAAUACAAAGUAAAACAGAAAGGGGCUCAUACUCAUCUUAUGGGAGAGAAUCAAACUUACAGGGUUGCCACCAGCAGAGUCUCCUUGGAGGUGACAUGGAUAUGGGCAACCCAGGAACCCUUUCGCCCACCAAACCUGGUUCCCAGUACUAUCAGUAUUCUAGCAAUAAUCCCCGAAGGAGGCCUCUUCACAGUAGUGCCAUGGAGGUACAGACAAAGAAAGUUCGAAAAGUUCCUCCAGGUUUACCAUCUUCAGUCUAUGCUCCAUCAGCAAGCACUGCCGACUACAAUAGGGACUCGCCAGGCUAUCCUUCGUCAAAACCAGCAGCCAGCACUUUCCCCAGCUCCUUCUUCAUGCAAGAUGGCCAUCACAGCAGUGACCCUUGGAGCUCCUCCAGUGGGAUGAAUCAGCCUGGCUACGGAGGAAUGUUGGGCAAUUCUUCUCAUAUUCCACAGUCUAGCAGCUACUGUAGCCUGCAUCCACAUGAACGUUUGAGCUAUCCAUCACACUCCUCAGCAGACAUCAACUCCAGUCUUCCUCCGAUGUCCACUUUCCAUCGUAGUGGUACAAACCAUUACAGCACCUCUUCUUGUACGCCUCCUGCCAACGGGACAGACAGUAUAAUGGCAAAUAGAGGAAGCGGGGCAGCAGGCAGCUCCCAGACUGGAGAUGCCCUGGGCAAAGCGCUUGCUUCGAUCUAUUCUCCAGAUCACACUAACAACAGCUUUUCAUCAAACCCUUCAACUCCUGUUGGCUCUCCGCCUUCUCUCUCAGCAGGCACAGCUGUAUGGUCCAGAAAUGGAGGACAGGCCUCAUCAUCCCCUAAUUAUGAAGGACCCUUGCACUCCUUGCAAAGCCGAAUUGAAGAUCGUUUAGAAAGACUGGAUGAUGCUAUUCAUGUUCUCCGGAAUCAUGCAGUCGGCCCAUCCACAGCCAUGCCUGGUGGCCACGGAGACAUGCAUGGAAUCAUUGGACCUUCUCAUAAUGGAGCAAUGGGUGGUCUGGGCUCAGGGUAUGGAACUGGCCUUCUUUCAGCCAACAGACAUUCGCUCAUGGUUGGGGCCCAUCGUGAAGAUGGUGUGGCCCUGAGAGGCAGCCAUUCUCUUCUGCCAAACCAGGUUCCGGUUCCACAGCUUCCUGUCCAGUCUGCAACUUCCCCUGACUUGAACCCACCCCAGGACCCCUACAGAGGCAUGCCACCAGGACUACAGGGGCAGAGUGUCUCCUCCGGCAGCUCUGAGAUCAAGUCUGACGAUGAGGGCGAUGAGAACCUGCAAGACACGAAAUCUUCCGAGGACAAGAAAUUAGAUGACGACAAGAAGGAUAUCAAAUCAAUUACUAGGUCAAGAUCUAGCAAUAAUGAUGAUGAGGACCUGACACCCGAGCAGAAGGCAGAGCGUGAGAAGGAGCGGAGGAUGGCCAACAACGCCCGUGAACGCCUGCGGGUCCGCGACAUCAAUGAGGCUUUCAAAGAGCUCGGCCGCAUGGUGCAGCUCCACCUCAAGAGUGACAAGCCCCAGACCAAGCUCCUGAUCCUCCACCAGGCAGUGGCUGUCAUCCUCAGCCUGGAGCAGCAAGUCCGAGAAAGGAAUCUGAACCCAAAAGCUGCGUGUCUGAAGAGAAGGGAGGAAGAGAAGGUCUCCUCGGAGCCUCCCCCGCUCUCCUUGGCCGGCCCACACCCUGGGAUGGGAGAUGCAUCGAAUCACAUGGGACAGAUGUAAAAGGGUCCAAGUUGCCACAUUGCUUCAUUAAAACAAGAGACCACUUCUUUAACAGCUCUGUUAUCUUAAACCCACAUAAACACUUCUCCUUAACCCCUUUUUUUGUAAUAUAAGACAAGUCUGAGUAGUUAUGAAUCACAGACGCAAGAGGUUUCAGCAUUCCCAAUUAUCAAAAAACAGAAAACAAACAAAAAAAAAAAAAAAAAAGAAAGAAAGAAAAAAGUGCAACUUGAGGGACGACUUUCUUUAACAUAUCAUUCAGAAUGUGCAAAGCGGUAUGUACAGGCUGAGACGCAGCCCAGAGACUGAAUGGCAAUCUUUCCACACUGUGGAACAAUGCAUUUGUGCCUAAACUUCUUUUGGAAAAAAAAAAUAUAAUUAAUUUGUAAGUCUGAAAAAAAUAUUUAAUUUAAAAAAAAUUGUAAACUUGCAAUAAUGAAAAAGUGUACUUCUGAAGAAAACUACAUGAACGUUUUUGUUGGUAUUUCAAGUCAGCUAGUGUUUAUAAUUACUGGAUAUUGAAUAGGGAAGCUUGGCUACCCUAGUAACAAAACCAGCAAACGUCCUGAUGACAACAAAGUGAUGACAUUAGCCAUUCCUUAGGGUAGGAGGAACAGAUGGAUCUUAUAGACCUAUGACAAAUAUAUAUAUAAAUAUAUAUAUAAAUAUAUAUUAAAAAUUUAGUGACUAUGGUAAGCUUUUGUUCAUUUGUUUCAGACUUUUUUCUCCUGUAAAAAAAUAGUACUGAUUAACUUUUUUAAAAGAAAGAUUUUACUGUAAAUAUGAAUUUUUUUUUUUUUUUUUUUUUUUGGUUUUUUUUCUGUCCCUGCUCCCGGUUUGUUAUUGUAACCUGUAGUGCCAACUCUGCUUCCGGAGGGGUAGUGCAGGAUGAAAUGCUGACCCUGAUGUUGCUUCUCAUUCAUAAAUAAGUAGAAAGUUGUUUCUCCAGUCUUUUGGGAACACAGGACUUAAAAGUCACAUCAUGUGUAGAUAUUACAAGCAGCAUUACUAAGACAUGGCAAAAAAAGAGUUUGUCUGAAUUGUAAUGUUGCGUUUGGGACCCUAUUCUGGGAUUUUCAGAGGUACAAGGUUAGAAUGCUACAAUGUUACCACUGUGCCUUCCAAUGUUUAUAUCAUCGGAAACAUAACAUAAUCAAAGUGGCUGUGAUUUAACAAAACGAUUAAAGUGUUACCUACCUGUGUAGCCGAAGUAGUGUGCAGUGAGGCGUUUCUGAAUACAUGGUCAGAUUUUUGGAAAAAAACAAAAACAAAAACAAAAAAAAAACAAGUAAAGUUCAAAAACCAUCAAAUGAGAAAAUUGCAAGUAGUGUGACAGAGCUGAUUGAUUUUGUUGCUUUCUUGACUUUUUUUUUUUCAAAAUGGGUUUACUAAAAUGUAGAUGACUUAACUGCCUCCUCCUUCAUCUGAAAAAAAUGCCAAUAUUCAAUCAUCAUACAGCAUUAUAACAAGCCUUAUAAGUCCUAAAGCAUUAAGUUGCACUUUUUUGAGGAGGGUUAGUGCAGUAUUUCUCUGGCCAGUAUGAAUGAAGUUUGUACUUAACAUAUUUGAUAGAAACAUAGAUCAAGCUAUGGCACAGCAACUCAUCAGAUAGCUAGCUUUGACGUCUGGGCACAAUUGAACCAACUUCCAUCGUGAAUCUUUAUAAUGAUUGACUUUGGUGUAUAGUGCAGUAAACAAAUAGUGCUCCUAGUUAAGUAUUUGUCAGCAUCCUUUUGUCUCUAACUCGUUUCUAUUUUUACAGCCACACAAUCUUGGCAUGUAUUAAGAAAAAAAAAAUCCCUGUUCAAGUAGUUUUUCCACCUAUCAGCACUGAGUAAAUGCCAUAAAUACAUCAAAAUGGUCUAAAUGUUCCAUCUGUUCUCCUGUUUUGCCAGUUCUAGAGUAAUGAAAUACAUUUGUAAAUUUUAUGCAACAAAUGGCAAACGUAUCAUUAUUUUGAAAUUGUGUAUGUAAAAGUUAUAUUUUUACAUGUAGACUCUUGUUAUUAUGUGUUUUAAUACAUUGUAUCAGUUUUUGGGUUUUUUUUAAACUGUGGUUUUUAAAAAGUCUCAUUUAAAUGAAAUAGUGAGCUACAGGAAUCUGAAUUUUAUGUUCAUUUCUGAAAAUGUAAGAACAAAUAAGAUAGUUACCACGUGGUCAUCUUUUACAAACCCAUAAACAUUUUGAUUAGCUGUGUAUGUGUUGAAAACUGUAAAUAUGUUCAGUAGGGAUAAAACUAAAAUACUUUGAUUUGUUGAUAAGUUCCUAAAAUGUGGAGGUGGAUUAAAACCUUAGGAGAAUAGCAGAUAUCAAACUGGAUGAAAAGUCAUUUGGGGGCUUGCCUGUGAAAUGUACGAACAGAGGGACUCAAUGAAGGGCGUGGAAGAUAAUAAUGUGUACUCUCCCCUCCUCCCUGCAUAAUGGAAACCAUGUGUACUUGUUCCCCCAGUAUGUUAAAGAUUUCCUUUUAGUGGUACAUUCUGCACUCACUUUGUAUAGUCUACCAAGGCGGGUAUCCCUAGGAACAAUAUUAUAUAGGAAGCAGGUAUACUCUGAUGACAUUCAGGAUAAGUGUACAGACGAAAAUACAGUGUUUACUCUUUAGGGAACUGGAAACACUCCCUGCAUUGAUGUACAUUUUAAGAAUGGCACUUUUGAUACAUGUUAUCAUAAAGGUGCUUAAUAGAGCUGAAUUAAAGUUUUUCAAAUCUAUAAACAAAGCAAAAAAUUAAAUUUGUAGUCAUUUGGUUAUUUUUUAAAUUGGUGCUUUAUAUUUUAUUCUCACUCAAACAGAGUAAAAGCUGCAAUUUAUUGCUCACCAGCUUGGAUGUGUGCAUUACCCAGUAAUGUAGUACCUCUACUGUUGAAUUCCCUUUUGGAAAUAAGCGAAAAACUUUCCAGGCCACCAAUGGCUGCUCGCUACUUUUUGCCUGGUGGAGAAACUUGAUCUGCACCUAUCCGUAUUAAUUGGGUUGUAUCCCCAUUAAAGAAGAAAAAAGGGAA